AUGAAUUAAAAAUUGUUUUCUUAAGCUUAAGAUGAAUUUUAAACUGAAACCAUUUCUUUUAAUGCUACAUUACCUAUAAAAAAUGAUUCAAAAAUAGAAUAAAAUAAUAAUAAUACAUAAUAUAGUUAAUUUGUACCAAAAAAGAGUAGAUAAUCUACUUCAAUGGUUUUUUCAAUUUAAGCUCAAGAAUAAUUUGAUUUAGAUGAAUUAACCAAGUAACCUUAUUUCAAAGAAGAUAAAUCAAAUACAAAAUUGAGUAAAAAAACUAAUUAAGUUCAUAACACACCAUCAAUUAAAUAGAUUUAAGUUGAUCCAAAAUUUUAUUCAUAGAAUAAAACUAAAAAAAGAAGAAUUUUAUCUGAAAACUCUGCACCAUCUAAACCUAUAAUUAAAAUUAUACAUCCUUAAAUAAUUACUCCUAAUGAAUUUAAAUAUACUAAAAAAUCAUAAGCAAUUAAUUCAGAUUCAUCUGCUAUUACUCGUUCUAAUUAAAAUGUAUCUUAAACAUCAAAAAUAUUAACACUUGAAGAUAAAAUUCAUAGACUUUCAUAAUAAUAAAAAGCAACACUUAAUAAUGAAUCUUAAAAAUAAAGUUAAUUAGAAUUAAUUAAAGAAGAUCAUACAGAAGUAGAUGAUGAAUAAGAAUCAUUUUUUUUUAAUACAGGAAAAUAAAUAGAAAAGAGUAAAUUUCAUCAUUUCUUAAAAAUUGCUCCACUUCCAAAAAGAAUAAUCACUUUUAGUUCUGUAAUUAAAAAAAUAGGAGAUAUUGAAUUUUGUAUUGGAAUAGAAGGAAAAUAAGAAAUUACUUAUUUUAGAAGAAUAAAAAGUGAGAAAGCUAAACUAUAUAAUCAUUGCAACAUUUAAGUUGAAUGA